CCCAUGGAGCAGGCAUCCACCAUGGCUGAGCCCCGGGUUCCUGUAGACCAUGGAGUCCAGAUUCGCUUCAUCACAGAGCCAGUGGGUGGUGCAGAGAUGGGCACCCUCCGUCGUGGGGGGCGACGCCCAGCCAAGGACUCAAGAGCCAAUACGUAUGGGGUUGCUGUGCGUGUACAGGGCAUUGCCGGGCAACCUUUUGUAGUGCUCAACAGUGGGGAGAAAGGUGGCGACUCCUUUGGGGUCCAAAUCAAGGGGUCCAACAACCGAGGGGCCCCAGGUGCUCUGAGCUCUGAUUCAGAACUCCCUGAGAACCCCUACGCUCAGGUCAAAGGAUAUCCUGCCCCCUCGCAGGGUAGCACAUCUGAUGAGGAGGCUGGGGCUGGCUGGAAUGGAAGGUUACUCCGGUCCCAGUCCCAGGCCUCCCUGGCAGGCCCUGCCCCUAUGGGUCCCAGCAAUAGGAGCACCAGUUUGCUUGAGCUAGCCCCACAAGAGGCUUUCCCAGGUAGCACCAUUGACACUGCUCCCCUGUCUUCGGUGGACUCACUGAUCAGCAAAUUUGACAGUCAACUUGGGGGCCGGGGCCGGACUGGCCGCCGAACAAGGACACUGCCCCCUGAACAGCACAAGCGGAGCAAGAGCCUGGACAGCCGACUCCCACGGGACACCUUGGAGGAACGGGAGCGCCAGUCCCCCAACCACUGGACCCCUAGCACAAAAUCUGACAACCAUGUUGGCAGCUCAAAACAGCCCACCCAGAGCCAGAGGUCUAUCAGUGGCUUUAGCCAUUCCCGUCAGACCCAGGACUGGGUCCUUCAGAGUUUUGAGGAGCCACGGGGGAGAGCACAGGACCCCACCAUGCUGCAGUUCAAAUCAACUCCAGACCUUCUUCGAGACCAGCAGGAGGCAGCUCCACCAGGCAGUGUGGACCAUGUAAAGGCCACCAUCUAUGGAAUCCUGAGGGAGGGAAGUUCAGAAAGUGAAGUGUCUGUGAGAAGGAAGGUUAGUUUGGUGCUGGAGCAGAUGCAGCCUCUGGUGAUGGUUUCUCCUGGUUCUACUAAGGUUCUGGCAGGGCAGGGUGAACUCACCCGAAAAGUGGAGGAGCUACAGCAAAAGCUGGAUGAAGAGGUGAAGAAGCGGCAAAAACUGGAGCCAUCCUGGGUUGGGUUGGAGCGGCAGCUGGAGGAGAAGGCAGAAGAGUGUAGCCGAUUGCAGGAGCUGCUGGAGAGAAGAAAAGGGGAAGCCCAGCAGAGCAACAAGGAGCUACAGAACAUGAAAAUCCUCCUGGACCAGGGUGAAAAGUUACGACAUGGGUUGGAGACCCAGGUGAUGGAGCUGCAGAACAAGCUGAAACAGGUUCAGGGUCCUGAGCCUGCCAAGGAGGUAUUACUGAAGGACCUGUUAGAGGCACGGGAGCUUCUGGAGGAGGUCUUGGAGGGUAAACAGCGAAUAGAGGAGCAACUCAGGCUGCGAGAGCGGGAGUUGACAGCCCUGAAGGGGGCCCUGAAGGAAGAGGUGGCUUCCCGUGACCAGGAGGUGGAGCAUGUCCGGCAGCAGUACCACCGAGACACAGAGCAGCUUCGCCGGAGCAUGCAAGAUGCAACCCAGGACCAUGCAGCGUUGGAGGCUGAGAGGCAGAAGAUGUCAUCCCUGGUGCGGGAGCUGCAGAAGGAGUUGGAGGAGACCUCAGAGGAGACAGGGCAUUGGCAGAGCAUGUUCCAGAAGAAUAAGGAGGAACUUAGAGCCACCAAGCAGGAACUGCUGCAGCUGCGGAUGGAGAAGGAAGAAAUGGAAGAGGAGCUUGGGGAGAAGAUAGAGGCCUUGCGGAGGGAAUUAGAGCAGGCCCGAGUUGGUGUUGGAGAUACUCGCCAGGUUGAGGAGCUCAAGAAGGAACUGCGCAGGACACAGGAGGAGCUUAAGGAGCUGCUAACAGAGCGGCAGAGCCAGGAGGUGGCUGGGCGACAUCGGGACCGGGAGUUGGAGAAGCAGCUGGCAGUCCUGAGGGUCGAGGCAGAUCGAGGCCGGGAACUGGAACAACAGAACCUCCAGCUACAAGAGACCCUCCAGCACCUGAGACAGGACUGUGAAGAGGCUUCCAAGGCCAAGGUGGCGGCCGAGGCGGAGGCGGCAGUGGUGGGGCAGCGGCGAGCAGCCGUGGAGAGCACGCUUCGGGAGACCCAGGAGGAGAAUGACGAAUUCCGCCGGCGCAUCUUGGGUCUGGAGCAGCAGCUGAAGGAGGCGCGAGGCCUGGCGGAGGGUGGGGAAGCGGUGGAGGCACGACUUCGGGACAAGGUGCAGCGGCUGGAGGCAGAGAAACAGCGGCUGGAGGAAGCCCUGAAUGUGGCUCAGGAAGAGGAGGGCAGCUUGGCAGCCGCCAAGCGGGCACUGGAAGCCCGGCUAGAGGAGUCUCAGCGGGGGCUGGCCCGCCUGGGGCAGGAGCGGCGGGCCCUGAACCGGGCCCUAGAGGAGGAGGGGAAGCAGCGGGAGGUUCUCCGGCGGGGCAAGGCUGAGCUGGAGGAGCAGAAGCGAUUGCUGGACAGGACUGUGGACCGGCUGAACAAAGAGCUGGAGCAGAUUGGGGAGGACUCUAAGCAAGCCCUACAGCACCUCCAGGCCCAGCUUGAGGAUUACAAGGAAAAGUCUCGGCGGGAGGUGGCAGAAGCCCAGCGCCAGGCCAAGGAUUGGGCCAGUGAGGCUGAGAAGACCUCUGGGGGAUUGAGCCAUCUUCAGGAUGAGAUCCAGAGGUUGCGUCAGGCCCUGCAGGCAUCCCAGGCUGAGCGAGACACAGCCCGGCUGGACAAAGAGCUGCUGGCCCAGCGACUGCAGGGGCUGGAGCAAGAGGCAGAGAACAAGAAGCGCUCCCAGGAUGACAGGGCCCGGCAACUGAAGGGCCUUGAGGAAAAAGUCUCACGGCUUGAGGCAGAGUUAGAUGAGGAGAAGAACACCGUGGAGCUGCUAACGGACCGGGUGAAUCGUGGCCGGGACCAGGUGGAUCAGCUGAGGACAGAGCUCAUGCAGGAGAGAUCAGCUCGGCAAGACUUGGAGUGUGACAAAAUCUCCUUGGAGAGACAGAACAAAGACUUGAAGACCCGGUUGGCCAGCUCAGAAGGCUUCCAGAAGCCCAAUGCCAGCCUCUCUCAGCUUGAGUCCCAGAAUCAGUUGUUGCAGGAGCAGCUACAGGCUGAAGAGAGGGAGAAGACAGUUCUGCAGUCCACCAACCGAAAACUGGAGCGGAGAGUUAAAGAGCUGUCCAUCCAGAUUGAUGAUGAGCGGCAGCAUGUCAAUGACCAGAAAGACCAGCUAAGCCUGAGGGUGAAGGCUUUGAAGCGGCAGGUGGAUGAAGCAGAAGAGGAAAUUGAGCGACUGGAUGGCCUGAGGAAGAAGGCCCAGCGUGAGCUGGAGGAGCAGCAUGAGGUCAAUGAACAGCUCCAGGCCCGGAUCAAAUCCCUGGAGAAGGACUCCUGGCGCAAAGCUGCCCGCUCAGCUACUGAAUCAACUCUCAAACACGAAGGGCUGAGCUCAGAUGAGGAAUUUGACAGUGUCUACGAUCCCUCAUCCAUCGCAUCAUUGCUUACAGAGAGCAACCUUCAGACCUGUUCCUGUUAGUCUGUUGUCCUCCAGGGUCCCGAAACCAGACUCAAGACCUAUCCCAGAGAGCCCUGCUCUGCCUGCCUGCCUCAGAUUGCUCAUUCCUAUGCGUGACCAAUUAUUCAGGCCUAAGACAGGGAGGGGUCUGAGUGAUGAUGAUAAAAAAGACAACAGUAAUAAGCUUAUGGUUGGACUUUCCCUUUCCAUUGGAGGAGUGUAUAUUUUAGGCCAACCGAGCCCUUAAGUGCCAACCCUUCUCUCAUCUCCCUCAUAUUGGAAGGAUGGUCAGCAUAUGGGCUGAGAGGGACUGAGCAGAAUAGGAAGGGAUAGAAAUUGCCAUGUGUAUAAAGCUUUAUUUCUUUAGCCCUUACCCCUAAGGCUCAGGGAAAUACCCUAUGCUGUUCUGCUGCCUGGAUUCCUGCAACCCAUUUUCCUCCCACUCUGCAACAGGGUAAGGGGAACAUUAUGGAUAAUGGCGUGGCUCUCCUCACCUCUCAGAUGCUCUUUGCACAGUUGUGGGGGUCAUGUGGCCGUCCCCACACCCCUAUUUUUGUCUUCUCCAAGCCAGCAGGUCCAAGGGAUACUUUAUUCUCUCCCUUUCCAUCUUUACGAUUCCUACCUUGCAUCUUUCCUCUCAGUGCCUUAGCCAGGGUGAGGAGAUAAGGAUGCUCUUCUUGCCUUUUAUAUCUACACAUUCAUACCUCUCUGAAGACCAGCCUUCCCCCUACUGGGGCCCUCAGCCCUCCCUGCCCCAGUGACUGGUCGAGAGAGCUACUGGCCUCUCCGUCAGUGAGCCCCUGGGAGAUUGUCUUUGGUAGGGCUAUGAUAAGUUUAAGGUGGUAGGGGCCUGGUUCUGCUCAGGGUUUCCCUUCUUCCUCCUCUCCCUUCUCUGAGACUGUGGAUAUGGUUAUAAGAUGGUCGUACCUGGGAACCCUGACUACUGUUUAUUCAAGUUCGAAAAGUAAAGGUCUUAGUCCCUCUGGCCUUCCUUGUGGCUUCUUUGACCAGAUGUGCCCAGCCUCAAUAGUGAACCAAGAGAUCCUCAUUUUCUCAGGAGCUUGACCCUAACUCAGGGCUUCACCUGGGGCUAGAAGCUGACUUUUGGUAGAAAUGGGAAGAGGCAAUGGAGAAUUUAUUCCUCCUUUGGAUUUUGGGGAAAGCCAAGCCCUGGUGGGGAGGUGGUAAGGGGAAUGAUUCACCUCUCUUAUUUCCUAAGCAGGUUCUGGAUGGAGCCUGCAGGAGGAAGAAGGCUGUUCUCACCAAUGACUUGUAAUUUCAUGAUCUUAAAAAAAAUUCCUAAAUUGUUCUGCAGAUCAGACAUUCUCUCCCAAUCCAGCCCAGCCUUGGUUUUAUUUUAAAUUAAAUAUUAAAAUUAUAUAUCUAUACUGAAA